CCAGAUUGUUUGGUGGGUGGUGCGUAAGGUCGCUCUGGGCACGAGGGCGCCCAUCUCACUAGGCCGCUUGGUUCUAGGAGCGGAUCCCGGGCAGGGUGAGAAGAACGUCGGGUCAGGGGCAGCUGCUACAGCUCCCGGGGAGUCUGCCCCGCAGCCCGUCUGCCCGCGCUUCGCGGGCCCUGCGGGUCAGGAUCAGAUCAACCAUUGACUUGCCCUCUAACGUAGUCAGCUGAAAGCAGCUUCAAGAUUCUUCAGGAUGCCUGCUGCACUUGUGGAGAACAGCCAGGUCAUCUGUGAAGUCUGGGCCAGCAAUCUAGAAGAAGAGAUGAGGAAGAUCCGAGAAAUUGUGCUUAGUUACAGUUAUAUUGCCAUGGACACAGAAUUUCCAGGUGUUGUGGUGCGACCAAUUGGUGAAUUUCGUAGUUCCAUAGAUUACCAGUAUCAGCUUUUACGGUGCAAUGUUGAUCUUUUAAAAAUUAUCCAGCUGGGCCUUACAUUCACGAAUGAGAAGGGAGAAUAUCCUUCUGGAAUCAACACUUGGCAGUUUAACUUCAAAUUCAACCUUACAGAGGACAUGUACUCCCAGGAUUCCAUAGAUCUCCUUGCUAACUCAGGACUCCAGUUUCAGAAGCAUGAAGAGGAAGGGAUUGACACUUUGCACUUUGCAGAGCUGCUUAUGACAUCAGGGGUGGUUCUCUGUGACAAUGUCAAGUGGCUUUCAUUUCACAGUGGCUAUGACUUUGGCUACAUGGUAAAGUUACUUACAGAUUCUCGCCUGCCAGAAGAGGAACAUGAAUUCUUUCAUAUUCUGAACCUUUUCUUCCCAUCCAUUUAUGAUGUGAAAUACCUGAUGAAGAGUUGCAAAAAUCUUAAGGGAGGUCUUCAGGAAGUUGCUGAUCAGUUGGAUUUGCAGAGAAUUGGGAGGCAGCACCAGGCAGGCUCAGACUCGCUGCUGACGGGAAUGGCAUUCUUCAGGAUGAAAGAGUUGUUUUUUGAGGACAGUAUUGAUGAUGCCAAAUACUGUGGGCGGCUCUAUGGCCUAGGCACGGGAGUGGCCCAGAAGCAGAAUGAGGACGUGGACUCUGCCCAGGAGAAGAUGAGCAUCCUGGCGAUCAUCAACAACAUGCAGCAGUGAUGGCGGCGGGGCUCUGCAGGGCGGGCCUGGUCCCAGAGUGGUGCUGACUGUGUACUUACCUUCCCACCCAAGAGAGAACACUUCUUUUGAGCAAACUGUACCUGCCACCUGCAUUGACAAAGACUUUUGUUCUACUGAAGACAAACGAUGUCUUUAUUUUAGAUUCAGAAGAAGGGAGUUUGCUCUCAAUUUGUAAACACAUCUUCCCUGUUCCUCAUCCCUGCGCCUCUCCAGUUGCCUCUUGCCACCAGCAUCCAUGCCUCAUUUGAUACCUUUUAAAAUCCAGGACAAGUCAGAAACAUACUAGUAAAAUGUAUAUAACUCUUA